CACUGCUUACUGACACACACACACACAGAUUGCUUCCAAAUAUCUGCAGUGACAGGAGGUGUCACUUUUCAUUCAUUGUCUCUGGGUUGGAAAACUCCAGGAAACUGGGGAGGCAUCUUUAAAACAUAUCCUCCUGAGGACUGUUGACUUUAAUGAAGCAAGCAACAGCAACAGUUAGUCACAGUUCCUGUCAGUGUAAUCUGUGUGAGCAUUAGUAGCUGUUACAGAACCUCCUGCUGUGUUUGGAUCUUCCACUCAUCAUCAUCACCAUCACCAUGAUAAUAAGCAUCGCUCUGAUCUGGGCUGUAGUGGUGGGAUUGUGCUGCCUUCUGUGGCUCGCCGUGGGGACACGACACAGGCAACCCGGUGAGCCUGCAGUUGAAAAUGGCUUCAUCCCGUACCUAGGCUGUGCUUUGCAGUUCGGGGCCAACCCUCUCCAGUUCCUCCGCAGCCGCCAGAAAAAGUACGGCCAUAUUUUCACCUGCAAGAUCGCUGGCCAGUACAUUCAUUUCCUGUGCGACCCCUUCUCUUACCACUCAGUCAUCAGACAGGGGAGGCACCUGGAUUGGAGGAAGUUCCACUUUGCCACAUCUGUCAAGGCGUUUGGCCACGACAGCUUCGACCCUCGCCAUGGCCACACCACAGAGAACCUCCACCAAACCUUUCUGAAGACCCUGCAGGGUGAGGCUCUACCGUCCCUGAUAGAGACUAUGAUGGGCCACCUCCAGGACGUCAUGCUGCGGUCGGACACGCUCAGCCCCAGCAAGGAACGCUGGGAGGUGGAUGGCAUCUUUGCUUUCUGCUACAAGGUGAUGUUUGAGUCUGGCUACCUGACGCUGUUUGGUAAAGAGCUCGGUGAAGAUAAGUGUCAGGCGAGGCAGGCAGCCCAGAAAGCCUUGGUGCUCAAUGCUUUGGAGAACUUCAAAGAGUUUGACAAGAUCUUCCCAGCGUUGGUGGCUGGUCUGCCCAUCCAUGUCUUCAAGAGUGCCUACAGUGCCAGAGAGAACCUAGCAAAGACCAUGCAUGCUGAAAACUUAUCCAAGAGGGAGAACGUGUCUGAUCUGAUCUCUAUGAGGAUGAUCCUGAAUGAUUCCUUAUCUACCUUCAAUGACGUGAGCAAGGCAAGAACUCACGUCGCUCUGCUUUGGGCUUCGCAGGCAAACACCCUGCCUGCUACCUUCUGGAGUCUCUUCUAUAUGAUUAGGAGUCCAGAUGCUAUGAAAGCAGCUCGUGAGGAAGUGCAGAAAGUUCUGGAGGACUCAGGUCUGGUAGUUGACCCCAGCGACCCCACACUGAACCUUACCAGGGACCAGCUGGACAACAUGCCUGUUUUGGACAGCAUCAUAAAAGAGGCCAUGCGUCUUUCCAGUGCCUCCAUGAAUGUGCGUGUUGCCAAGGAAGACUUCCUGCUUCACCUUGACAACCAAGAAGCUUACCGUAUAAGGAAGGAUGAUGUUAUUGCCCUAUAUCCACCCAUGCUGCAUUACGAUCCAGAAAUCUUUGAGGAUCCCUAUGAGUAUAAGUAUGACCGUUUUCUGGAUGAGAAGGGUCAGGAGAAAACAAAUUUCUACUGCAACGGACGCCGGCUGCGUUAUUUCUACAUGCCCUUCGGCUCCGGUGUUACCAAAUGCCCUGGCAGAUUCUUUGCUGUGUAUGAGAUCAAGCAGUUCCUUUCUCUGGUGCUGUCCUACUUUGACAUGGAACUAUUGGACCCUGCUAUUAAAGUCCCACCUCUUGACCAGUCUCGUGCGGGCCUGGGAAUCCUCCAGCCUACCUAUGACGUGGACUUCAGGUACAAGCUGAAAUCGAACCACUGAGUUCUGUCUUUGUCAGGCAAAGUGACUGAAGUACAUAUUGUAUAUAGUAAAUAUUUAACAGUGUUAAUGAAGAUCCCUCGUGGCAUAUGUAUAUAGAUUGAAUUACACAUUUUUGUUGCUUUAAUUUGCUGCUGAAGAACAUGUAUUCUGCACAUUCAGACCUUCAGUGUAUCAGGUAGUGCCGUGCCCAACACUGUCUCUGUUGGACCAGGCCUUCAGAGUUUCAGAAAGACAGACCUGGAGCCAUAUGUUUUUGCAUAUGUAGGUAAUUUAGUAAAAAAUCUUGUAGAGUUACAGUACUGCCAACUUAUUUUCAAAGUAAGAGGCAGAGUUUUUCUACUUGUAGACCAAAAUCAAUCUGCAAUUAUCAAUAAAUGAGUAUUAUACAAUGAGAACAAUAAAACAAUAAAACAAUAAAAAUAAAAAUAAAAAAACAGUGUGACUGACAGUCCGACAGGAUAUCACCUUAUCAUGUUUUUAAUUCAAUUACCUGUCGCAAUAAGAGGAAAGUCUAAAUCCUCUUUCAAAGCCUUUUACCUUUUGCCAAGAGUAGUUUUUUUAGAAUGUCAGCCUAAAUAUGGAAUAUUCUUGGGAAAAAAUCAUCAGUAAAGCAAAGCAUACAUGACUUAAAGUAAAUGGGCCAAACAUGCAAAGACAUCGGUGUGCUCCUUUAAGUUCUUGGGCCACUGUAAUUUCACAGAUAGAUACUAAACACAAAAAUCAAGUGUUUGGUACUUUCAUGUCAGCUGUGAGGUGAAAUUUCAGAGGGCAGCAUGAUCAAACUCUUUUUUUUUUCUUUUUUAUCAAUGAAUGCAUUUCUGCAAUCAGUACGAUUUACUGACUUCACCUUCACCUUGUAGUAGAAGAUAGCCCAUCGACCUUGGAGCUUGCUCUCUCUCUGGCAGUCUCACUGUCAGACACGGGAGUCACUGAGGACGUGUUUGAUAGUUGGCCUCUCAGUAUCAUUAUCGCAAGAUGUGCUGCUUAAGAAUAACAUUAACUGCAGUUUAUUUAAUGAGCAUAGAGUACAUGCAUACUGACAUUUCAGUUCAGCAGGCUGUGCACAGAGGUGUGAGCUUAUGAGGAAAUAGGGUUAAUUCAGGUGCAUCAAAAAAAUGAAGGAAUGCUAAUUUGCACGAGUCAGGAGGACAUUUAUGACGCACAACUGGUUGAACAUCUUCUCCGAAGGAGGUGUUUUUAAGUGCUGACCCAACAGGUAUGUCCACUUUUCAAACAGCACUCUUGAUUUUUUUUUAAACAUGAUAAUUAUACAGAUAAUUAAAUACUGACAGCAUAUAGACGCAGACAACAGUGUGUAUUUGCAUUUGUCAGGUUCAGCCAUAGUCCGCCUGCAGUGAGAGGGAAGGUAAUCCAAUUAUUGAUGUUAUUGUUGUCACAUGGGAAAACUCCACAUUAAUAUUUAUAUGCGUUUGCCUUCCAACUUACAUGUUUACAUGCUCUGUGAGUAACUGUGAUGAACCUGGAAGUGAAGUCAGAGCACCAUUGUAACCAUGUACAGCGACCCACGUGUGUGUGUGUGUGUGUGUGUGUGUGUGUGUGUGUGUGUGUGUGUGUGUGUGUAUUGACAUGUAGAUGCUGAACAAACAGAUAAUAAAUCAAUAUAUUUGUACACCUGUCUGUGUGCCAUGUUCUGAUCUCACAGAACAGAAACCUUUUCUCUUCCAAGAACCUCAACACAUAUAUGUGUAUAUGUGUAUAUAUGUGUAUAUGUGUAUAUAUAUGUAUAUGUGUAUAUAUAUGUAUAUACCUGACAUGGUCUGUCGUAGUCCAUCCACCUCAAGGUUGAACAUGUUGUUCAUUUUGAGACGCUGUUCAACAAUCGCACCACGGUCAUAGUCACAGAGAUCACAUUUUUGCCCCAUGAUGUGAAAACUCAUACAACUAAUUCAAAGCUAAACUAAACUAAACUGUCUUGAAUUUAUUCUUAGAAGAGGAUAGUGUAGGUGCAAACCUUAACUCAGUUGGUAAGGCUGGAUGCGGGGGGAUGAGGGGCAUUACACUUUUUCUGCAUCACACAAAAGGUUUGAGAAUUGGUUAAACUAGCCAAAUAUAUGCAAAUGAUGUUUGUUUGUCUUGGAGGCUGAAAAUCCUGCCUGGGCUGCACGCUCCAAGAGCACUUGCUGCGUGCCCUGUUCACACCCUGUUCAUAAUGGAUUGUGCAAUGAUGCAGUACACACUGAUGGGUGUAGUCACCGGUAGAACAGGAAGGGGAGCACAUAUGACCUGAUGUCAUGAUUCACUGUGGCUUUGCUUUUCCACAAACUGACAAAAAAGCAUAUACCUCUGUAAAAGACGUUCAAAAAAAUGCAGAAAAAUGCAAAUAGAAAGUGAAAAUAGUAUAAUGAAUGAAAAUAUCAUGAUACCAUCUCGAGGAUAUACAUUGACUCUAAUCGUUCUGUGCAUGUUGUCUUCAUUUUCAGCUUUCAAGCCUAAAGUCUAUUUACUGACACUAACCAACUGUGAUUAUUUUCAAGUUGUGUUACAUGGAUCUUGUCCUGUAAAAGAAACACUAGAAACUCAGCUGCAUUGCAGACUGUUACUUGUGUUUUACUGUGUUGUUUGAUAACCACAUUGACCCCUGGGGUCAUAUUCAGGCCAGUGUAGAGGUUAAACACAAUAAUGUUUACAUCUUUCCACAUUUGUGAACACACUACUCAUGAGGAGCAUGACCAUGAGAUGUAGUUGAAAGCUACAAUGUAAAAACAAUCUGACAGUGUGAAAUGGGUCAUUUGUAGUGAUGAAUCCACAGACAUUCAUCGCCUGUAUCUCCAGCUCCCCUCGGCUUUACAGAGCUCUCCAGCGUGCACUACCUGCUCUGCACCAAACAGCAGACAGACACACAGCGGAGCGUUUAACAGCUAAAGACUCAGAUAUUUCCCACAGGAUUUAACAGAGACCAAAAAUAGAGAUGAAGGGGAGAAAAUAUUGCACUGUGUUUGUGUCUUCUCCAGGUAGACAGAACACUGUAAAACAACUGUAUGCUAACAGCUUAAACAGCGAUACUAUAGGUUAGAGUGUAUUCAUAGAUUAUUGUUUAUGCUGCCCCCCAAAAAAUCAGCCGCUGCAGGUUUAAUGAA